CACACGCUCUGGGCCACGUGGUGCGUCCAUGCAGCUUUAGCGCUGCUCAGUCAAAUUCAUUAGCUGGUUGUUAGCUAUUAGCCACGUUUUCCUUUUGUACACAGGAAUAGGACAGAAAUUGUACGUCUUAGAGAGAUUUUAAAGUACUUUUAUUUUAAGACAGCCAUCGAAAAUGUCUCAGCUCCAAGUGAGGUUCUUCACAGAAAAUGCAAAGUAUAAAGUGGAUGAUGUCCCAUUCUCCAUUCCGGCUGCUUCCCAGGUGCAGGACCUCAGCAAUAUCAUCAAUAAGCUGCUGGAAGCCAAACACACAGGUCAUAGUAAUGUGGAGUUUGACUUCUUGGUACGAGGGAAUUUCCUGCGCACGUCGCUGGUCAACCAUAUGGAGGCUGAAGGCAUCUCCACGGAAGAAGUGGUGGAGAUUGAGUACGUGCAGCGAUUUAUGGCACCGCAGCCAGAGGAGUGUAUCAUGCAUGAUGACUGGAUCAGCUCUGUGGAUACAGAGUCUGAGUGGAUCUUGACAGGUUCAUAUGAUAAGACAGCCAGAAUCUGGACUCAGGAGGGAAAGGCAGUAAUGACAGUGGCUGGACACACAGAUGUUGUGAAGGAUGUGGCCUGGGUUAAAAGAGAUGGAGUGACUUCCCUGCUGUUGACCUCCUCCAUGGACCAGACAGCUAUCCUGUGGGAGUGGAAUGUGGAGCGGAACAAGCUCAAGGCCCGGCAUUGCUGCCGCGGCCAUGCUGGCAGUGUGGACUCCAUUGCAGUCAGCCCAAAUCAGACCAAGUUCUGCAGUGGUUCCUGGGACAAAAUGCUGAAGAUCUGGUCUGCAGUGCCCACAGAUAAGGAGGAUGAGCUGGAGGAGCAGCGUGACAGACCUCGUAAGAAACAGAAGACGGAACAGAUGGGAUUAACGAGGACACCCAUCAUGACCCUGUCAGGACACAUUGAAGCUGUAUCUUCUGUGCUGUGGUCUGACAAUGAAGAGGUCUGCAGUGCAUCCUGGGACCACACUAUCCGCCUAUGGGACGUCGAGACCGGGAAUAUGAAGUCUACAUUGACGGGCAGCAAGGUGUUCAACUGCAUUUCCUACUCACCACUGUGUCGACGUCUUGCCUCUGGCAGCACUGACCGCCACGUCAGACUGUGGGACCCACGUUCCAAGGACGGCUCGCUGGUGCUGCUGUCCCUAACGUCCCACACAGGCUGGGUGACAGCAGUAAGGUGGUCCCCUUCCAAUGAGCAGCAGCUGAUCUCGGGGUCUCUGGACUGUGUGGUGAAACUCUGGGACACGAGGAGCUGCAAGGCGCCCCUGUAUGAUAUGGCGGCACAUGAGGACAAAGUGCUCUGCGUGGACUGGAGAGAAGAUGGGCUGCUGCUUAGUGGUGGUGCAGACAACAAACUGUACACCUACAGGUACUCAGCUAGUACGUCUGCUGCCUGAUGCAAUGAACCUGCGAGCUUCACCAUGUCUCCCACUCGCAGUGGAACCAUGUAGCAAUCGCAAGCAUAACACAACUGGAUAUGGCUCAGCUCAGCACCAAAACUCAGGAUGUGAAAAGAGGCAUAGAAGAUAUUCAUACAGUUAUUCUCACAAUUUUAUGGUUUUAUUUUCACUUCUCUACCUUUCUUGUAUACAGCUGUGUAACAUGUUUUUUCUUGUGAUGUACAAUGUUUCAUACUCAAGAUUAAAGUGGUUAAAAAUGACUGCAA